AUGGUAACCUUGACUCUCGGAAAGCGAUGGGAGGAGAAAAUGAACGAAAUCGCGAAUUUAAAAGUAGCCAAGCAUGAGUUAAAAGAAGAAAUCAACGAGCUUAGAACAGAACUAGAAAACUGCAAGAAAAGAGCUGAAGACGCUGAAUUUUCUAAUCAAGAAACCCAGAUCCUCUACAAGACUGUAUGCGAAGAACUCGCAUCUUAUAAAAAAGACAACUCUGAUAAAACCAAAAACAUUUUAAAAUACCAGCAGGACACUACGAACCAAAGCAUCGCCAUUGAGCAGCUCAGAUCGAGCCUAUCUUCCCUACAGCUCAAAUUAGAUGAAAUUUCAAAUUCUAAUACCCUCAAAGACAAAUUAAUUUCGGACCUUAAAGAAGAAAUCCAAAUUGGCGAUAGAGUUAGAGCUAAAUUAGAACAAGAAAGAGACCACUGGCAAGAAGAGCACGAAAAGAAGUGCCGAGAAGUUGAGCUUAUCACAAAAUCGCGGGAUCAUUGUGAAAAACAUAUUGCUAUAUUAGUAAAAGACAAAGAUAGACUAUUAAGCAGAAGGGAAGAGCCUUCUACAGUUUUAUCACAAAAACAUGCAUAUUAUGAUUAUGUGGAGUCCCAACAGCUCCCUGAGCCUAAGCCAAAUAAUUCUUGGGGCAAUGUCGAAAAUCUUCGGCUGAAGAACUUGCUUGACGAAGAAAAAAAGCUCAACAAAGAAAAGGAGCAGCAAAUAGAAAAACUGCAGAAGGAAAACUGGAAUCUUAUAAAUCGGUUAAGAAAUAAGAAAUAA